AUGAUGGCCAAGUCCAAAGGUGUUGUGAUACUCUUGUUAUCAUUACUACUGAUAUGUAAUAAUAUUGGACUCAUUAGCGCACAGGGUAACACAACAAUCAGUGAUGAUCAAGUAAAUUCUGCAGACUUUAUACCAGCACAACCAAAUAAUGGCGAUAACAGCAUCAACAACAAUGAUAAAUUAUUUAUAGAUAUAAACAAUGGUGAUGAUACAUGGUCUGGAAAUAUGACUCAUCCACUGAAAGUACUUCAAUUUGGAUAUUACGAAGCAAAGAGAUUGAAUAGGACACAGGUGUAUGUUGCCAAGGGAGUGUAUAGUACAGAGACGAUUGAUCUGGUCGAUGGUAUAUCAAUCUUUGGUGGAUACGAUGGUGCACCAAACUGGAACCGAUCCAAUGUAGUACUGCCCUAUAUCUCAAGUACAACGAUCAAACCAAAUGGAGGACAUGCCGUAUUCAACAUCACCAAUGUCCAAGCCAAGACCACCCUCUCACAUCUCAACCUACUCUCUCCAACACCAGUCUACGACACUGAUACAUUCGGAUCAUCAUUUGGAAUAGUGAUCAGUAAUAGUAAUCAGGUGGUGCUGAGAUUUAUAUCGGUGACGUCGGCCGCCGGUGUUGACGCACCUCCAAUGGCUGGAAGUUGGACAAAGAAUGAUCAACUCAAUGGACCGGAUGGACGCGAUGGCAUGAUCAGUUGUGUGGAUGGCGAUUCAUCUUUAGGCUGCGGCAACUGCACAGCCCCUCAACCAGGUCUAGGCGGAGUACUAAUGUGCUAUGGCCAGUUAACCAACGGUGGUGAUGGCGCCGCGCCUGGCCACGGCAACGAGACUGGACACAACGGAGUUGCCGGACAAACCGCCUCUUUCGGCGGUGCUGGAGGCCAGGGAUCCGAAGCUGGCUACGGUACAAUGUUUAUCUUGGCCGAGACAAAUGGACGCGAUGGCGUGAAUGGUGCGGCUGGCCGAGAUGGCAAGCCCCCAGUCUUCAUAUUCACACCCCAUGGAAUCUCUGGCAAACAAUCAAAUGGACUACUCGGCCAGAAUGGUGGUGGUGGUGGCGGUGGCGGUGGCGGUGGCGGUGGACUCGGAAAGUGCGCAGAAUACGGUGGAUCGGGAGCUGGAGGCGGUGCUGGUGGCUGUGGAGGUCGCGGAGGUCUAGGCGGCAAGCCUGGUGGCAGCUCCAUCGGUGUCUACAUCUGGAACUCUACUGUCAAGAUUGAGUUCUCAUCCAUUACCACGAGCAAGGGUGGCAAUGGUGGCACACCAUCACCAAUCGAACCAGGCUACCUCGGUGGAAAGGGUGGAUUUGGAAGCUACCCACACGCCGACAGAUCAAGCAACUCAUCAAACAGUGGCAAUGGAGGCCAUGGAGGCAAAGGUGGAGAUGGAGGCCAAGGUGCACCAGGCAACGGUGGCUUCUCCUCGCCUAUUGUAUUCUUUGGCAACGAGCCAACAAUGUCAUGCAACAAUCUGGCCAAGGAUGUCGCCGGCCAGCCAGGCGACGGCGCUGUCAAGUCCCUGGACGGCAUCAGCUCAUUCUGUUACGAUGCCAACACCAAAGCUCCGACCGAAUGUCCAUCCACCAUCAAUGUAGCCCAAUGCACCAGUCUUUUGGCCGUUGCCGAAUGCGAGUUUGGCGAAGAGAGAGACAAGUGUGGCAUAUGUGGAGGUGCUGGCUCAUGUUCAGUUGGCUGCGAUGGCGUAGUUAACUCUGGCAAGGUCUUGGAUUCAUGUGGCGUGUGUGGCGGAAACAACUCAACAUGUUCAAUUGGCUGCGAUGGCGUUGCCAACUCUGGAAAGAUCAUCGAUGCCUGUGGCGUGUGUGGUGGCAACAACUCAACAUGCGUGGGCUGCGAUGGCGUGGUCAACUCAAACAAGACACUGGACCAAUGUGGAGUGUGUGGCGGAAACAACACUUGCGUGGGCUGCGAUGGAAUCAUCAACUCUGGACUCGUGAUGGACCUUUGUGGAGUGUGUGGCGGUCACAACAGCACAUGUCUGAUAGGCUGCGAUGGCAUCGUUGGCUCAUUCAAGAAAUUGGACUCCUGUGGCGUGUGUGGCGGCGACAACUCUACCUGCGCCUUUGGCUGCGAUGGUAUUUCCAACUCUGGACUUGUACUGGACGCAUGUGGAGUGUGUGGCGGUAGCAACAAGACCUGUCUGGGUGGCUGCGACAAUGAACCAAACUCAAUCUUGGAGUUUGACGAGUGUGGAGUGUGUGGCGGAGACAACUCGACUUGUUUGUCAGGCUGCGAUAACUUGCCAUACUCCAACAAGAAGGUGGAUGCAUGUGGCGUCUGUGGCGGCACAAACAGCACAUGUCUAGUUGGCUGCGACGGUAUCAAGUACUCAUACAAGGAGUACGACAAGUGUGGAGUAUGUGGUGGUGAUGGAUCAAGCUGCACCCGUCAGUCCAGCAGUGGACUCAGUACCGUGUCCAAGGUGGUCAUCAGCAUCGUGGUCAUCUCUGUCUCACUCUAUGGCGCCGCUCUCGCAUUCAUUGUGCUGAGACGCAAGCUCAAGGGUCACGGCUCACAAUACUACCGCACCAAGCUAGUUCUCGAGUACCAGGAUGCGCCAUUCGUCCAAGCCGAGCUGAUCCAGAAGAACAGGAACAGACCCAAGCGAUCGAUAUUGACUGGUCUGGGAAUUAGGAGGGACUACCAACACCUGCACGAGGAGGUACCAAUGGACGACUAUCCAACAUCAUCAGGAUCAAUCCACUACGACACAAACAACAACAACAAUCAUUAUGAUGCCAAUAAUCCUCAUCAUAACCAAGGAAUGUAUAAUCAGCCACAGGGUAGAGAGGACAUCUUCUCCGAAUUCGACAUGUUCCCUCCACAGCCACAUGGCAACAGCGGAAACAGCGGCAACAGUGGAAACAAUGGUCGACCAUACAUGUAA